AUCGACCGUCUAGAAAAAAAGGAUAUUCGCAUGGAGCCUGUUGAAGAGGAGGUCUUAGACGGCACCAGCAAAUCGCACAUCCUGAUUGUCCAGAGGCAGCUCUCAGUGCUGGAAGAGGAGCAGGAGGAGUUUCGUCUGGCUCUCAGACAGUACAUGGAGUGUUCCUGUGCCCAGACUGGAUGUUUACACAUCGCAGUUCAGCGGCUGGCAAAUGAAUCACGCUUCAUUCUCUAUGAAUUCUGGGAGCACAACAACGUGUGGAAAAACCACCUGCAGACCAACUACAGUAAAACCUUUCAGAGGGGGAAUGUGGACUUUCUGGAAACUCCUGAAAUCCUCACCACCAUGCUGGUUCCUGCUUCGUGGUGGGUCCUCAACAACAACUGAACAUGGACUUGCAGCGGGGAGACAGACACAACACAACUCGUGAAGUCGUGGUGUUCAGUAUCGAUUUUAUGACCUCCAUGUUCCUUCAUAGUCAGGUGGUUUCUUGAAAUAGCCCAUAUGUGUGUUUGUUUACACCCCUAGAGGAUGCGCUGAUGUCUGAAAAGCAAUGACCUCAUCAG